UUUCAAAUAGGUAAAAUUUCUUCGAGUUACUCAACAGGUAACCUAAGUUAAUUCAUUUAACACGUCAACAGAGAUCACCGACUUCUCCGCUUUUCAUCCCGUGCUAAAGAACCCGAAUUCCAUAACACCUAUAUUAGUUUGGCGUUUUCUGCCGAAUCUACCACAUAAGAAUAGGCGAGGCUUACCUUGGCAGUCAUGGCAGUCAUGGCUCUUCUGACAAAUAUACCGGUUGCCUUAUGCCUCUUUAUAAUUGUCUGCUACGUCGUUUCCACGUCUUUCGUGACCAAGAAACGCUUUAAACUGAACGCCAUCAACAAGCCACCUAAGGACCGUUCAGCAGAGCCGGACGCCCCUGUUUCAGUGAACUACUUCCCCUCUCGGAAAUGCAACUACACAUGUGGCUUCUGUUUCCACACCGACACUUCUUCUUACGUCCUUCCUAUCGAUGAGGCGAAACGUGGUCUACGGCUGCUAAAAGAGGCCGGCAUGCGCAAGCUCAACAUUGCGGGCGGAGAACCCUUUCUUUACCCUCGUCUCCUCACCGAACUACUCUGCUAUUGCAAGGAAGAGCUGAACGUUGAGAGCAUCAGCAUCGUGAGCAACGGCAGCAAGAUCAGGGAAAAUUGGCUGAGAGAAAACUGCCAGUGGUUAGAUAUUCUAGCCGUGUCUUGCGAUUCGUUUAAUCCGGAGACGAAUAAAAAGAUUGGGCGUGGUGACGAUGGAGCGAAUGUGGUUCGGCUUUUUCGUAUUGCGGAGUGGUGCAGAAAAUAUGGAAUCAAAUUCAAGUUAAAUACCGUCGUUAACAUACACAACUGGGACGAAGAUAUGGUAGCCAAUAUCGAACAGCUAGCACCAUUCCGAUGGAAAGUAUUCCAGUGUCUCAUCGUGGCUGGAGAGAACGAUGACGAGACGAGAAAACGAGACGCGAGAACCUUCUUGGUGACUGAUGAGCAAUGGCAAACAUUCUGCAAUCGGCACAAGCAUAUUCCAUGCUAUGUUCCGGAAGAUAAUAAUUCUAUGGCGAGCAGCUACCUACUUCUAGAUGAGUACAUGUGCUUCCUAGACAAGGGCGAGGGUAUGAUAACGAAGAGCGAGUCGAUUUUGCAAGUCGGCGUUAAGGAAGCUAUGAAACAAAUCGUUUGGGAUAAGAAAUCUUUUGUUGAACGAGGUGGUAUUUACGAUUGGGACAGAUCUGAUAUGUUGCAAAGUGCUUGCGAAGGUGGUGGUAACAAGAAAGAGUUAGAAUGGUGAUCAGGCAUAUUUGUUGGCAGGGGGGUAGAGACGAGAUAAUUUCAAUGAUUUCAGUGGGCAAGCGUAUCGGUCUUUUCUCAAUCUCAUCCAUCUUGAGUUUCUAAUAAUUCGGGACUGAUCUGGAAAAUGUGUUUUUAAUAUUGGCAUACUUGUCAAGUCGGCAAAUAUAGCAGUUCCUCUUGUGUUUUCUUAGAGGUAGCAUCUUUGGCGAUGCUUCGAGAAAUCUUAUUAUUAUUAUUAUUAUUAACAGCUAAUAAACGCCUCCCGUGAAAAAAA